CAUAACAACAAUUGUGACUGCCUGUGGUGGUGGUUGCACUUACCAACCAGGAUGUUCAGCGUGACUGAUGUAGUAAUAUUUAAUCUGUUCAUUUUAUUAUACUUGCUAAAUUCAGAGGUAAUAUGAUAGUUACGAAGCGGUUUUGGGGCACCACGAGCCGCCAAAACAGCUUCAAUGCGCUUUGGCAUAGAUUGAGUCUCUAGAACUGUACCGGACUGAGUUAUGGAACACCAUUCUUCCAAAAGAUGUUCCUCAUUUGGUGAACUGAUGGUGGUAGUGGAGAGCACUGUGUUACACGUCGGUCCAAAAUCUCCAAAGCAAUGAAGGACCAGACGCUGGAGCACUUCCUCAGGCAAGGGAAAAUCAGAGUUAAUGAUGCAGCAGAUAUUCAGUGGGCCCAUGCUGCCAACAGCAAGACCAAGAUCACUGAGGCACUACAAAGUUCUGCCCAUAUGAUUGAGGCGGACAUCCUUCUGAGGGGCCACGAACCUAAAGAGCCAAUCAUGGCUCAUCCUCCUGAGAAUGAUAGUGAUAUCUCACUGCAUGAUUGGCUAAAGGUGGUCCAGGCGUCAGACAAAGGGAUAAAGCUAGACUUUAAAAGUCUUCAGGCAGUUGCUCCGUCCAUGGCGUUAUUAGACAGUGUUCGGUCCGAGCUGCGCGGCCCUGUGUGGAUCAACGCUGACAUCCUACCAGGCCCUGGGGGCAAAGCCACGCCCCUUGACCCCAAAGACUUUGUGGAGGCAGCAGUGACCCCUGGUUCCUAUGGCGACGUGCUCUCCCUAGGCUGGACAACAGGCUGGGUUGCAGGCACUGAGAACCCAGGGUACAGCUGGGAGAUGGUGAGGGAGAUGGAGGCAGUUUGUUGGCCCCUGACACAGUCAGUUACAUUCCCUGUCAGGGCAGCUCUCAUGAGCCAGUCAUUCCCCCAGCUACAAUGGCUUCUUCAGCAGUCUGACAGGUAUAGCCUGACAGUGUGGACCGGCCAGACUGAUGCCUUGGCUGUAGAGGACCUGUUGCCCUACAGGAAAGACAUUGAUAAGACUAGGAUCUACUACGACCUGUUGGAUGCACAGAGGGCACAGCUCAGAGGACUUCCCGGCUUCUGAUCUUAUUAUCACAGUUAUUGUGGUCUAAAGGGAAAAACUUAGAUCAGCACUUUUGAAUACAGGCCCAGAGCUCAGAAGACUCCAAGUCUGCUGGUGAAAGAUGAACUUCACAUUCAUAAUGGCUGUUACUGGAUGUUACCCUCUGUUACCUCAGUACGUUUUAGAAAAGAAUGGGCUGGUGCUUUCAGUGCUUAAUGACAAGAGUGCAAUGUCUGCGAAGGAGUUAACUUGUUGAGGCCGGUAGCAGACUUUACCCAGAUUUACACAAAACUAUUGAAAACUAAUGUGAAUAGCUAUUCAGAAGCGUACAGUUAUUGCAAUAUUACCGUUGUUAGUGUGAAAUCGGGGCCACAUUCAGGAUCACAGUGUUGCGCUGUGUGUUUAGUUUGAACAGAUAGUCAACCUUGAACAUUUUGCGAAAAAAGUAAUUCAGGUAAUAAUAUGUCACCCUUGAGAUUGACUGAUUGUAUUAGCAGUAGAGAAGCACAACAGAAAAGCAACCAUGUCAAAUUGUGUGCAACACAACUGUGUUAAAUAAAUACUUUGUAAAUACAA